CCAGUAUCAGAGUGCAGUAGCUAGUGGGCUCUUUUUGAGAAGCGUAAACUUUUAAUAACGGAGUUUUAUGAGCUUUAAGGAAAAUUAUUGAACUCGUUAUAUUUUGGUUUCAAACCAUACAUGAUGAGCAUUUUGAAGUUCGUCGUGGUUUUGUUCAUCCUAAGCGUAUCUACUCAUACUGGAGCAAGUGUUUUCCAAGAGGGAAGUAUAUUAUGGACUGACAACAAUGACACCAUCUACUACACAAAUCAGACACAAUAUUGGGUCUCAGAUUCUGAUAUAUCAUUAAAAUAUGGCAUAUUACAAUGGGAUAAGUUGGCCAACGGGUAUGGUCUAGCAGUAGAUACUCAUGCUAAACAAGUGGUUGUAAGUGAUCCAGGCAACAAGUUUCUGGGGAUAUUUGACCCCAAUAGUAAUUUUGGAACAGUCUUCUACGUUGGAACAUCAAAAGGAGUAGGCCAAGUGACGAUAGACUGGCGUGCGCGUAACGUAUACUGGGCAGACGGCGGAUACGGCUGGAUAGCUAUGAAGCCGCUCCCUAAAAACAUUUCUAGACACAACGGACUCGAUACCAGGAUGAAAGUUGUCGUUGACCAACAGCUCGACACUCCGACAGGGAUUGUUGUCCACCCACAUGCCUACUAUCUGUUUUGGGCCGACGCCGGUAAGCGGCCAAAAAUUGAGAGGUCAGAUUUGACCGGAAAUAAAAGGAGAGUAAUUAUUUGGCAGAGCCUUAUAACCCCACGGGCACUUGCCAUCCACCAGCAUGAUAAUGGUGACAAACUCUUCUGGACGGAUGAGGACAGGGGGACCAUCGAGUUUUGUAACCUUGACGGCACUGGGAGGAAUAUAUUAAUUUCGGUUAAUUCACUUCGCUUCUUUGGUCUAGAUAUUUUCAAGGGGUUUGUCUUCUAUACAGCCUACACAAAAGAUCCAAGUUUAAACUUUACUGGAUACAUCCAGAUAGAAAACACGGACAAACAGUCUUUCAGGAAAUACGACAAACGAUGGUUCCACUUGUCGGUGUAUGACAAAGCAUCCCAGCCCCGUGAUGAAUCGGGUGGAAGUUGCGAAAGCUCAUUUAUUAAUUGUAGCCAAAUUUGUACACACGAAGAUGAUGUUGGACACCAUGCAUGUCUAUGUUUAGAUGGAUACCAGCUUGACAAUAUCCGGGGAAAACUAUGUUCAGACAGGGGAUAUAACGUCGAGAGGCACAUGCUGUUUACUAACUCUCACUCUAUUUGCGCUAUCGCCAUCAACGCUUUCAACGUUCACAACACAUCUUCCUCUUACAACUGCAGUGUUGUCAAGGAUUCGCACGGAAAUAUUACCAGAUUUUCUCUUGAUAUGACGGGAAGAAAAAUAUUCUUCUCGAACGGUACACAUAUUUUCGAGCAAACCCCAUUCCACAAUGAUUUUCGCAUCGUUCACUCGACUGACGAAUCAAGAACGGUAACAGAUAUGGACUUUGACUGGAUAUCACACCGCUUGUAUUGGAUUGAAAGUAGUUCCGGCACAUUACAUUCGAUACUGCCUUACGAAAGUAGCGCGGCCGUUACAUUGAAGACCCUUUCAAGUGAUCGGAUAAUUACAAAUCUAGCUGUUGACCCUCAUAAAAGGAACAUUUAUUUCGUUACGAGAGGGACUACUGGGCAAUACUCAUUAAACUUAUACGAUGUAGCAAAUGAGGUCGUCAGUCAAGUUAAAGCUAGCAAUUUACAAAUGCCAACUGAUCUUGAAUACGACCGGCUGCAAGAAAGAUUAGUUUGGAACGAUAAUGGCGGUUUUAUUGGAUUUCUGACACUGGGUGAUAAACAAAAGAUCUCAUUUAAGGAAUCGGCUGGAAACAAAAGAAGGCAUGCGGUUACUACUUACAAGAAGUUUGUAAUUUCUUCCACCGAAGAAGAGGACCGCCAUAUCGACGUGUUAUAUGAAGGCGACAACUCAAUUAUCUACUUGUCAUUUAAAAAGAGUUAUCACCCUUUCGUCCAUGAUAUGCAUGUGUAUGAUACCACUUUACAACCUUCUGAGACAGGUCCGUGUGAUGUUAAUAAUGGUGGAUGCGAACACUUCUGCCUUCCCCAUUCAACCAAAGAGUGUGCUUGCAAGCUGGGAUACACGUUGUCUUACGGAAAAAAAUGCAUAACAAGCACAUUGAAAUCAGAUUUUUUUAUAAUACUUGACCAAGUUCAUGGCAGACUCUACCAGGCAAAUAAUGACGCAACCCACCUUUCUGACGUUGUCGCUCUUGAGAUCAACGAGAACAAUACUCCGGCAGCCCUUGCGUUUGACAGCAACACCAAUACAAUAGCAUGGGUGGACAAUUCUGAUGUUUCAAAGACGGUGAGGACAAUGACUAUUGGUGACACGGAGGAAAGGAAUUUGGAUGUUCUUGUCGAAAAUGACGGGUACUUAGCCAUUGAUUCUUCAACGGGGAACGUGUACGUGUUGACGGGAAACAUAAUAUCCGUAGUGAACAAGCAUGGGAAAACACACAACCUUAUUGACAAGUCAGCAGACAGCUCCAUCAAAAUGAAGUCUAUUGCUCUUCUUUCGUCAAAAGGAAAAAUGGCGUGGAUUGAGGAACACUAUUCGUACAAUGUAAAAUCAUGGGAGGUUUACAGAGCAAGCAUGGACGGUACAAAACGUCGAGUAGUCAUUCGUUCUACUGGAAAAAUAACAGACAUUGUCUUUGAUACAGAGACAGGUGAGUGGUUAUACUGGUGUGAAAACACUGGGGAUAAGGUUGGCAGGGCUCAUCUGGAAGACGGUACACAAGAAACGGUUUACCAGGCAAGAGGUCUCCACCCUAUCGCGUUGGAUGUGGCGGGAGAGUUUGUGUAUGUCGUACCACGAGCUGGAAGAAAGAUCUUCCGAAUGACAUCGGCCUACGAUAGUGGUCAACAAGUUGUGUUCGAGAAUCCUUUGCUUGGGUCUCUCAAUAACUUCUUCGUUUCGCAUUCGGAUACAGUACCACCUCAUUCCAGCUGCGCCGAUUGCAAUGGCGGUUGCAGCGAUAUAUGUCUGCCUGACGGUCCGAAUGGACGCACGUGCGCGUGUGACGACAGCGAUGAGCAAACGGAUGACACAAAUUGUAAAAGGACCUCUCGCUGUCCUGUCAUUGAGGAGGAGUCUAUAUCCGCUCUGGUGGAUUGUUGCCCCCAACAACCAGACGCUCUAUGCUUAGUCACGUGUGCAAACGGGUACAUGCCUGCGUCUCCCUUCAAACUCAAAUGUCUGCCUACAGGAUGGAACGCGUCAUUAGGUGCUAUAUGUACAGCUACACCUCCAACGGAGCUACCAAUCAUUGCCAUGGCAGCGGGCGGUGGCGGAGCGGUGACAGUAAUUGUCAGUAUAAUUGUCGUCGUGUGCAUCUGCCGCAGGAAAGGCAAAAGAGAAGACUCUCUCUACGCGCCUAUUACCAGCCUUGGCACUGUCAGUAAUGAUGAGCUGAUGGCUAGUGACCGUCAUGGUUGCAGCACAGCGGCGGAAAUUGUUGGUCCGACAAGCACGGCAAAAUCUCCCAGACGACUCACCAAAGACGAGCAAGCAGAUGGCGGUGAGUACAAUAAUCUUGGCGAGGCUGCAAUGGCGGUUAUGUCAGUUGAACUUCCGAAGAAACGUACUAAGGGAGAGAGUCGACUCACACACAGUUAUCAGCCUUUUCUUCCAUCCACGGACCUUACGUAUAUGAACGUUACGCCCGAGGAUGGCUUUACGAGGCCUGAUUAUCCUUAUCCAUCAAGUGGGUAUCCUUAUAAUGGGCCGAAUGAUCGAGCAGACGAUGAUGACGAUUAUCUUACGCCAUGCAAUGGUUCGAGAGCUGGUGCUGAAAAAUCAGAUCGAUUAAGGGAUGAAUAUGUUACUGGCUGGCAGGAGGCUGGUGAAGAUUCAAUAAGAAUGUAUCAAAAUGAGACAGUGUUUUUUGAUCGCAAUAAUGGCCUACACACGCGCGUGUCUUCAAGAGAUGAAGCACCCCCUGCACAUGCGCGUGGAUUCCAUACCAGCAGAGAGUAGAUGGUCAAGAUGGUCUAAUCGACCGUUUAUUAUGUCCUUUAGUAGUUAAACUUCUGCUUAUUUCACCAGAAUGGUUUCGCGCUCAAUGAAACGUACGCAUUCAUAAACAUGCUUUCUGAAACGUUGAAUUUUAUGAAUAUCUCCCGCUCCUCUCAUGCCAAUCAACAAUAUACUUAUUUAUAUACCAGGAAGCUCUGAAAUGCGGAUGCUGCAUUGUUGAAAAUUUAUUUGAUCGUACUAACGUCAAAAAGGAAGUAUCCGCAAACUUGUACGUUUGGUUCGAUAUAAAUCUACAUUAUGUCCGAUCAUCCGUCGAAAACAUAAUGGAUUUUUUUUCGAAAUACCAUUCGUCACUGUUACGCGUACAACGCCAAGAGUCAUCGUCAAUAACGAACCGUCAGCUGCAUACAAAAGAAGCGAACGACAGUCGUUUAUUUUUAGACAUAUGAGUUCAUCUAAUCUGACCGGAUUUCUCGAAUGGUCUUAAUUGUAACAAUCUUAAGUAGCUUAUUUUAUUACGCCAAAAUUCUUAAUUAAAUGGGUUUAUCAUGAUAAUUAUAAAGAUAAUUUCCUAAAGUGGAAAAUCGUAAGAAUGUAAAUAUAACAAAACUUUUACCAAAACAAAAUAAGUGAACUUUAGCUGAUAUUGUUAUAAGGGAAUUAAGAUGUUUCGAAAAAUUGUUGAACUAUCUUGAUGAAAGGAUUGGUUUUAUAUCUGACAUAUACAGCAUUAUUGAAAAGAACAACAUUUUUGUCAAUUAUAUUAAUUCUUCAGUGCAGCAUUCUUUCUAAUCAUUGUAGCAAAACAAAGUGAGAACUUCAAAACACUUAUAUACUCUUGAACGCUCUGGAGUACCAAGAAACCUUUAAUUCCAUACAUAUUAAUUUAGUUUCAUAUAUUUCAUGAACCUUCUGUAGACUUUACAUAUUUUACAUUGUAGAUCAGCUGUAAGAGAGUUAUAAAUAUUGUUUACAAGACAUAUAUAAUAUCUGCCCAUGUUGUUGACUGUGUAUUUAUUAUACAUCUUUGCAUUGUAUAUUUGCAUUGUAUAUCAUACUGUAAAAUUGUUGAUAAUGAUAGAAAUGAUUGUGAAGAAGAAUGUAUUUUAAUCUUGGAAAAGAUGUGGUCCAAAUAUAGUUGUAUAAAUAUAAAUUACAAUUAUGACAUUGUAUUUUAAUUCAAACUUUGCAUGUGUAAACUCGUCAAUGGUGAUUUACUUCCGCCAGAUAAAGAUUCCUUUAAACAGUAUUCCUUCCUUUUCUUUACAUUAAACAGAUACAUUACUAUAUAUAAUUUUCAUUGUAUAAUUUAACCAACAAUUAUGGUCUACUAGAUUUACUUAAAACAUAUCGUCUUCCAUUAACAUGUUGUACCAAUUCGUGAUUAAUGUUACUUGUUCACCAUUGCGACUUCAAAUACAUAAGAUCUUAUAGUUUUAGGUUUUCUAUUGG